CCCCUCUCGGCUGUGCUGAGAAAGCUUUUCCACCUGCUCUUCUGAGAAGCGUGAAAGUCUGAACUAGGACAAGGAAGGCGACCAGAGUGGAGAGAAAGGUGAUUCGCCCACCCUCACUAUUUCAGGACAGUACUGGCUUUCCAUUCUGUCACUUUGCUGAAUAACGCAGCGGGGGAAGCCUGAAGAGGAUUGAGAAUGGCAGACAAACUGAAUUAGGAGGAAGGGAACUGCUGAGAAGAAUUGGGAAAUCUGAGUACGCACUUCAGAGCAAAGGUGGAUGUCUUGAAAGCAGAAUGAGCCAGAAAGGGUCUGCAAGCAGCCAUCCUGGCUCUGCAAAUGGCAGCAUGAGCAAAGCAGAUGGAGCUGCCAAAAUGAGUGCAAAAGAUUUGUACGAACAAAGGAAGAAGUACUCCAACUCCAACAUCAUUAUGCAUGAGACAUCACAAUACCAUGUACAGCACUUAGCAACCUUUAUUAUGGAUAAAAGUGAGGCCAUUGUAACAGUGGAUGAUGCCAUUAGGAAACUCAAGCAGCUUAACUCCAAAGAGAAGAUCUGGGCACAAGAGAUGCUGUUGCAAGUGAAUGACAAGUCCAUACGACUGCUCGACUGUGAAACCCAGGAAGAGUUAGAGGACUUCCUUCUGCCAACAGUCCAGCUCUGCCAAACUGUGCUGAAUCAGAUGCGCUACUCCUCCAUACUUCUGUUGGUGUGUCAAGACUCAGAGCAACACAAGCCUGACAUUCACUUCUUUAACUGUGAUGAAGUAGAGGCAGAGAUAAUUCACGAGGACAUUGAAAGUGCACUUGCUGACCAUAAGUUUGGAAAGAAGAUACGGCCACAAACACUUAAGGUAAACCAAGAGAAAAUAAAACAGAGACAGUCCAUCCUUCCACCACCUCAAGGGCCAGCUCCUAUUCCUUUUCAGUAUGAAGCAAAAGGCUUAUCAAAGAACAGCUUGAAUCGAGCGGCUCCUCCCUCACAGCAUAAUCAGCCAGAAUACGAUCGGCGAAGUUCCGGCUCUCAGGACCAUGAAGAGUCUCGUGCAAUAUUAGCACAGAAGAUUGAAAAAGAAACGCAAACCUUGAACUGCACCCUAGAUGACAUUGAGCUGUUUGUUGCCAAACUUCAGAAAGCAUCAGAGGCAUACAAACAACUGAAUCAAAGGAAAAAAGGAAAGAAGAACAAGAAGAAAGGGCCAGCAGAGGGAGUUCUGACUUUGAGGGCAAAACCCCCAAGUGAAGCCGAAUAUAUUGACUGCUUCCAGAAAACCAAGCUGGCGUUAAAUCUUAUGGCCAAACUGAAAAAACAUAUCCAGAAUCCAAGUGCUUCAGAAAUGGUGCAUUUUCUGUUUGGACCACUGGAAAUGAUUGUUAAUAGCUGUGGUGGUCCUGACCUUGCAAGAUCUGUCCUCAGUCCACUUCUUUCUAAAGAUACCACAGACUUCCUGAAAGGACAUCUAACCCCUAAAGAGAUGGCACUGUGGGAGUCCUUGGGAGAGACAUGGACAAGGUCAAGAGCUGAGUGGCCAAGAGAAGCCAAUGUUCCAAGCUACAUUCCAAAGUUCCGCAAUGGAUGGGAACCACCCUUAGAAAUGUUCAUUGGAGCACCUUGGGAAGCAGACUUUGGCCACUUGCAGGAAGAGUCGUCGUCAUCCAAUGGGAAUUCCAGUCGUAACAUAAAGCCUGUUCAGACAACUGAUCAAAUGCAAGCUGUGGAUGCUUUUGCUCAACAUGUCACUCAACAUGUAAAUAGGAAUUUAGAGGCACAAGGCAUGGCCCCAGCAAAAAGAUUUGCCAAAAUUCGAUAUGAUUUCACUGCUCGAAAUGCUAGUGAACUUUCAGUGCUGAAGGAUGAAAUUUUGGAGGUUUUGGAAGAUAACAAACAAUGGUGGAAGCUGAGAAACCGGAGCGGACAGGCUGGUUAUGUCCCAUAUAACAUCUUGGAUGUGGUGAAACUGGAGGAUUGUGGAUCAGCUGAACAGACUAAUCAGAAAUACAAAGGAGAUGUGAGUCCAAGAGGAAUCGGACCUUCCAGCCCCUCACAUAAGUUACCUCCCAGUUAUGCUGGGGAUAAAUGGGGAAGUGAAAUGAUAGCUCGCAAUUCUCCUGAUGCCAAAGAACAACUGAUCCAUCAUAUGGAUGAGGUCAAUGAUGAACUUCUGAAAAAGAUUACCAAUAUUAAAGUGCAGCCGCCUCAAAGAAACUUUAAAGUUGAGAAGGCACAAGUUCAUGUGCCCUUGACCUUUGAGUCCAAUGCUGAAGAAGUCAAAGCUUGGCUGGAAGCAAAUUCUUUUAGCAAAGGAACUGUGGACCAUCUGGGAAUUCUAACUGGGGCUCAACUUUUCUCUCUGAACAAAGAAGAGUUGAAAAAAGUAUGCGGAGAAGAGGGGGCAAGGGUGUACAGUAAAAUCACAGUUCAAAAAUCUCUCUUGGAGAAAAGCAGAGGAGAGUCAGAGCUUCAAGAAAUCAUGAAACGGCGUCAGGAGAGGAUUGAUUCUGCUAUUUAAGUUCUAUCUGCUUUUUCCACCUCUUAAUCAUAUACACUUACUUGCAGAAAAAGGGAAGAGAAGUACGAAAUAUCCCAUUAAGGUGAAAGAGAGUAUGGGGAUCUGAGCAAUAUAAAUUGCCAUUCAGCCUGACUGUUCCUUGAGCAUUGUUGGUAAUGGGGAAGCUAUGCUCUCUCCGUAACAUGACAUUGCAUUGGGAGAGAGGUUGUGGUAUUGCAUGAAGUAUUAUUUUUAUAUUUCUAUAUUUUAUACAGAAAUUUUAUGUGUGUGACAUUCAGAACAUGAGGAAGAUCAAAAUUCAUGUUUUAAGCAAAGGCCAGAUUGAAGCAAAAGCCGACCACAGUUAUCAUGUAUAUAGACUGCUUUCUGUACAACCCACCAAACAUUAGUAAAAUAUCAUGAAAUGGGCUCAAAAUAAUUUUAAAAGUCCUUCAGACUGUUCCACCUCCCAGUGUUGAUAUUAAAAUGACCCCACCUCUUCUGGUAUACUUUGAUACAUAACAUGCUCACUUCUGGGACCAGUUUUGGAAAAGUGUAAACACAGAAUGAGGUGAUGACCAACUGGCAUGCCAAUUUGAUUAUCCUGCCACAACUAUGUGUAUUGCUUUUAUGUGUCAUCCAAAGUCCACAGAAAAGCCCUCAUGCACCAAGGGUAACCAGAGCUCAUCUAGAUCCAUUCUUGACAGAACCAUUAGCAGCACUAUCGCUGGGAGGAAAAAGAGGAAAUGAACUGAAUGUGGUAACACCACAUAUGAAUAUAUUCUGACACACUAUGUACAAGCUCUUGAUCAAGAAAUCAGUUUGAUACCUCUCAUAUCCAUGCCCUCAAGACUGUAUCAGCGCAACCAUUGGUGUCUCCAUUUUUCGUGACAAGAUGACACAGAGUUCUGUUCUGAAAAUGAAGUGAUCUCAAGGAAUGUCCAUGUUUCCCUAGACUAAUUUAGAUAAAUACAUAUUCAAAUUAUCAAAGUUGGCCCUUAGCAAAUGGCCCUUAGCAGUGUAUGUAAGAAACUAAUUUUGCAGUCCCAAAAAUAUCUCCUCAUCUCAAAGUGUAUAACAGCACCAUCCUAAGUAGAGAAAAACUAUCCUACGUUUGGUGAAGAGAAUGUCCUUCAAAUUGUAUAGCCCUGCUUAGAUUGGCACUGCCAGUAUCCUCACUGUAAGUUUGCCUGUGCUUUGCACAUUCUUGUUAAUCUCUCAUCCUUUUUCUCAGUAAUCUGAGAUAUAUACAUAUUUCCUCACUGAUAAGGAUUUCCUUACUGCAAGUUAAUAAUAGGGAAUGGGCCCAGAUUAGCUGUGUAAUAGUUUGUUUUGGCAUUCAUCCUGAUUGUACAAACCACAUAUUUUUCAGUGCAAGACAUAACUAGUCAAAAUAUAAGUCAGAAUGUGACUUCUAAGUCCAACAGUUUUGAGUUCAUUCAGUAAUAUAUUUCACUUUAAUUCAUAGAUAUGUACUAGAUGAUCUCUGAGACAAUUCUUGAGGUUUCAGGGAAUAUUGUAUCAAAUUGAAAUUUAGAGGGUUUCCUUCUGCCAUGCCAUACAGUGCACGGAAAAAGCCUGAAAGGAUGCAUGUCACACAUGCCUACAUGCUCAAAAAUUAGAAGACUGUAUAAAGGAAUCCCAAAUUAGAUUUUCAUGACCUUUACUGAAAGCCUUGUGUUGUUUGAAAUUUUGGAUUUGAUAGUAACAGAAUCUUUGGUCACCAAACUAAAAUUUAAGUGCCACUCUAUGCUGUCACCUGGUACACAUCUAGUUGUCUCUCUCUGUACGAAGAUAGUUUCAGGUGGGUACCAAUGUUAGUCUGUAAUAGAAGGGGAAAAAUGGGCCCAGUAGCACCCUAGAGACCAAUAAAAUCUUCAUUACCACCUAGCCCAUAUAAUUAGAUUUUCAUGAUUUACCACCUAGCCCAUAUAAGAAAAAUGUAAUGGUCUGUAAGAUACUCCUGGGCUCAAAUUUUGUCUCCCACUGACAAUAACUAUAAGGCAAAUUCCACAAACAAUGCCAGCUUUUAGAAGCUGAGUUGCAAUGAGCUGUACUGUUCAAAUUGUGUGGUUUUACUGCAACUCUGCUUAUCUCCAUUCUGUGCAUACUUUGCUGGAAACUUGGCCCAGCAAAUGUGAGUUAUGCAUGAUUAUAAUGUAUGCUUAUAGCUGAAGCUGGUGUCAGUGUAAGCUGCCUAUAAGCUGAUGUCAGUGUAAGCUGCCUUGCUUUAAUGCUCAGGUAUCUGGAAAUAGAAGCCAGAUAAACCCUCCUGAACAAAUAUGGCUGUUAAAUGCUAUUUUAUUCCAGUUUUGGAAGUCUGAUAAUGAUUUUUUCUAGAGUUAAGUUCCACAAAGAUUUGCAUCCAUGCAGAAUGUAAAUGGCAGGAGAAGUCCCAUCAUAUUGUCAUUUCUACCUAAAAUCCUUUACCUUCUAUAUGCUUGAACUCAUGCAAGAGCAAGCCUUUAGGAAAUGCAUAUACUGUUCCAUGUUUCUAUGCCUACUGUUGUUAUUUGUACAUUAGCCAUAGUAGAUUUAGAUUAUCUGUACAAAAUUAGAUAGACAAGGUUAAUGACCAAAUAUCCAUGAAGUUAUAACUAAAUGAAAAUUAGGUUUUCAUAUUGUGUGUUACAUUUGAAAGAGAUAAUUUAAUCACACUUUAAGAAAUCAGAGCUAGUAUCAAUUAUAUAUUAUAUAUUAUAUAAGAAGCUGUCAGGUCUACAGUCAUCAGAAUAUGUAGGUAUGCAUGUUGGAGCAAAUGGCUUCUUAUAUGGAGUUGGUAGUAAUGAAAGUGCAGAAAAACAGAAAUAAAGAACAUUGUGAGCUCUAAGGCAGAAAUGCAACAAAUGAACAUUGGCACAUCUGCCCAGUGACAUGGGGUACGCAUGCAACCUGGUCACAUGGGGGCACAAAAUUGGCACCCAACGUGACCAAAGAGUCAACCUCCCCAAUGGAGGCAGGAGUCAAGAAACAGCUUUGAAACAGCAGGCUAGGGAUUUUAUUUUCAAGCCUUCCGGCGCCCCUCCCCAGGGAGCCCAGAAGGCAGAACACCCUAGCCCUGCCCACCUGCAAAGCAUGCAGAGUUGGACUUCCCUCAGCCCCACCCCCUGGCCUUCCUGGAAAUCCAGGACAUGGCCUCAAUCCAUUACUUUUAGCAGGCCUAGUCCUGCCUUGAACUUUUCAAGUGAUGGUGAGCAUUUCAAAAAUAACUUGAAAAAAUUAGUAAUUUGCAUAUUUUGCAAAGGCUCAUGGGUAUUUUGUUG